AUGGAUAUCAACGAGAUUCUCAUCGAACAAAUUAAACAAAAUGAUUGUUUAUUUAACUUAUCACAUCGCGAAUACAAAAAUGUGCACAAGAAAAUGGAAAUAUGGGAAUCAGUUGCCCAGUCUUCCAAUUUGAGCGCGGAUGCAUGUCGCAAGCGCUGGAAAGAGCUCCGAGAUGCAUAUAAGAAACGAAAGCGUUCUGAGCUUCUUGCGUCUGGAAAUGGCGCUCCUAAUCCUGUUAAAAGAUGGAAAUAUAUGGAAAUGCUAACUUUUUUGUACAACUACACUGAUUCUAGACCAACGGUGGGAAAUGUUGAAUCGGAUAUUGUGUACGAAGACUUAGUGGAUUGCUCCAUGUCUACAAUCGUGGUUGAAGAUGAAAGUGAGGACCCUCCGCCAAGAAAAGUUGUGACAAAGAAACAGGUAGACACCGAAGUAAUCUCGGCUUUUAAGGAAGCAAUGAAACAAUGUUCAGAAACCGUACAAAAAUUAGCUAGUAUUCCUUGCGAACAAGAAAAAGAACGCGAUUCAACAUCACUUUUGUUUGAAAGCCUGGCAAAAAAAAUUUCCAAAGCCAAUAUAUCCCAAGAAAAUUUGAGCAUUAUUGAAUGCAAAGUUGUUGCUUUAUUUUAUAAAGAACUAAGUUAA